UUUAUAAAUACAUAUCGACAUAUCAACCCGGAUGUUAUAUAAACGGUAAAAUAUAUGAAGACAAAGUAAAAGAAUGUGUAAGAAAUACACGACAUCAUCUAAAUGAUAUUUGACCACUUUGGCUGCAAAAAUGCGGACAAAAACGGGUUUUCGGGUCGUACGUGGACCCGAUUGGAAUAAUCAAAGACAAGAUAAUGGUGAAGGUUUUCUUGGUACUAUUGUAUAUGUGCCUAAGGAAGGGUCGGAUGAUAAGAAAGUCACGGUCAUUUGGGAUUCUGGGCGAGAGUUGAGAUACCGUGCUGGUCAACAUGGAAAAUAUGAUCUUAGAGUCUUUGAUUCGGCACCUGCAGGAGUCAUCCACAGUGGUGUUAAUUGUGAUAGCUGUAAAGAGAAGGACAUCCGUGGAGCGCGAUGGAAGUGUUGUGACUGUGGACAAUACAAUAUGUGUUCAGCAUGCUACAUAACAGACAAACAUGACACACAUCAUUCAUUUGAAAGGAUUGACUCGCCGCAGUCAUCUGCCGUUAAUGUACCACCUAGAGCAGACAGCAAGUUAUCACGGAGGACAGCACGUGGGUUAUUCUCUAAUGUACAAGUAAUGAGGGGACCACACUGGAAAUGGAAAAAUGAUGAUGGAGGCGAGUCCGGUAUAGGUGUCAUCAAAGAGAUAUGUACAUGGGGUACGAAUGGAUACCGUGGAGGCGUUAAAGUAGUAUGGAAGUCAGAUAGAUCAGUAAAGAACUACCGUGUAGGGGCUGAAGGUUGUAUUGAUGUGAUCUGUGUUGAUAAGACGGACACAAACACUGGUGGAAACUAUUACUGUGAUCAUCUACCCGUUGUCAAUGUUGUCGAUCCUGAAAAAAUUGCUUUAAAAAUUGGUGACAAAGUAACAGUAAACCUUCCACUUAAAAACUUUAUGGAGAUGCAGAAGGAUCCGAUAUACGGUGGUUGGGACGAUGGCUUGGGUCAGUGUCUUAAGGAAACGGGAACAAUAAUAAGUUUUCUGUAUGGUGGAAAGAGUGCCAGAUUACAAUAUGAAGAUAGUAGAACAUGGCUUGUGAACAGGAUGGCUCUAUUUAGAAAACACACGUUUAGUCUCGGGGAUCCUGUAAAAGUACACAAAGACUACAAAGUUGUGAAGGAGUUACAGAAAGGACACGGAGGAUGGAACGAUGAAAUGAAACAUGCACUAGGGAAGAAUGGACAUAUAGUGCGAUUGGACAAAGAAGGCGAUAUGAUGGUACAAAUAGAAAACAAAAAAUGGAUAUUCAACCCAACAUGUAUCACACCCAUUGAGGGCGAUCGUUUAACAAAGCAAGCUAUAGCUGCCUGUACAGAUAACGACAACGAUGAUUCUGAUGAUACUGAUGACAGUGAUGACGACAACUAUACAGAGGUAUCAGAAAACCUUGCCGACCUUUUCUAUGAUUUGCUACAAGAGGAACAAACAUCUGCUGACGUCAAUGUUUCACUGGUUGACGCUGCCUCAAAAGGAGAUUUGGAAACUAUUCGAAGAUUGGUCAAUCGUUAUCCUAAAAAGAUAGAUGAAACAUUCAAGGACCAAACUGCACUACAAGUUGCAUGUUACGAAGGAAAGUAUGAUACUGUGGUGUUUCUUAUACAACAUGGUGCAUCUGUAAAUCUCCAAGACAAAGCUGGGGAUACUGCACUUCAUCUGGCUGCAAAUGGAAAUGAAUCUGACAUAAUGAAACAUCUUGCUGAAAAUGGUACACAUGUCAACAUCACGAAUGCAAAACAGCAAACAGCAUUACACAUUACUGUCAACAAAAGCAACUGGAAAGGCAGUAACAUUUUGAUAGAUAAAGGGGCUGAUCCUAGUUUACAGGACGCUAAAAAGGACACAGUCAUGCACUUUGUUGUAUCGCAGAAAGAUUGCCCACAUGAUACACUCAAAUCUAUAUUUAGAUCUAAGAAGGCGAAAUUUUCAGCAGUUAAUGGAAAUGGAUAUCCUGUAUUAUGUUUCGCUGUAAUGAAGAAUAAUAAAUACGUUGUGGACCUGAUUGUCAGACUUAAUACAAAGUGCACAAGUGACAGGAUGAGCGAUGGUCGAACCGCACUUCAUCUUGCCGCUACAAACAACAAAGUAGAGAUAUCACAUUGUCUGAUUACAACCGGAAAAGCAGAUAUAAAUGUCAAGGAUAUCAAAGGAAGAACCCCUCUGAUGAAUGCAGUGUAUAGUGGUGGAACGUUAAAAUCAGUAGAACAACUAAUAAAGUUUGAGUGUUCUGUAAAUGCCCAGGACAACAGUGGAGACACAGCAUUGCAUAUUCUUCAGACACAGAAGAGUUCUAGUAUGAUGCGGAAAAGGCGAGGGGCUGAUGAUACUCAGGUACUUUGCUUCCUCCUUGAGAAUGGAGCUGACGUACUGAUACAGAAUAAGAAUGGUAAAACACCUAUUGACUUAACUAAAGAUGAAACGGAGAAACUUUUAAUAAAAACACUUGCGAAAAAAGUAGUAGAAAAGUCGUUUGCAAGAACAAAAUCAGGAUUUACUUUUCCAGCGGACUGGGAUGAUAUGGGUGGGGAAACCAUUUUGAGAGUAAAUAUAGAACCUUCAAAAACUGAUCUAAUGAAACAACAGUGGAAUGACGUGCAACAGAUGUUUGAUAACACAUUACCUCAAGCCAGAAUCGUGUCAAUACAAAGAAUCCAAAACAAAUUCAAUUGGGAAAUGUACCAAGUGAUGAAGAAGAAACUAGAAAAACAAUACGGAAUUGGUUGUGCAAAUGAACAGAAUUUGUUUCAUGGUACACUCCCUGACAAAGUAGACUUGAUUGUGGAACAGAAUUUAGAUUGUCGUUUGGCAGGCACAAGAGUUGGUACAUUAUUAGGCAAAGGAACUUAUUUUGCCAAAGAUGCCAAAUAUUCUGAUGGAUAUGCUCAAUCUGAUUCUAACGGACACAAAUUUAUGUUUGUGUAUUCAGUUUUGGCGGGUAAAACCUGUUGUGGAAGAGAUGAUUAUGUUAAACCACCACUCCAAGAUACAAACAAUCCAAAUCUUUUUUUUGAUAGCUGUGUUGAUAAUGUUACUAAGCCUAGAAUAUAUUGUAUUUUCGAUAACACACAGUAUUUUUCAAGAUAUCUAAUUGAAUACACAUAGUUUAAUUUGUUGAAUGGUUAUAUUCAAAACUUUUAUUUAUAUAUUUGAAAAAAAAAAGUUUGUUAAUAAGGCAUGAGGUACAGAUUCUCCAUUUAUUUACCUCUUUUUUUGUAUGAGAUAUUUUUUGAGUCAGAUUUUAACAUUGAAAAAAAAAAUGCUUAAAAAAAUUAUCAAUAAAGCUUUAAUGAAACCAAAUAAAGGCUAUAUGACUUUUUCUUAUACUUAUUUUACAUUAGAAUUUCUACAAGCUGAGAGUGCUUUUAUUUUUAUCAUUCCAUGUUUGAUAAACAGGAUGUCUUUUUUUAACAUUGCUUAAGGCCUGAUAUGUACAAUGGACUGUUAUACUUGGACAUUAAAUAUUGAUGAUAUCUACAAUUUGAUACAAUUUGAAAUGCAAGCAACAUGUAUUCAUAGAAAGCUUAUACUUGAAUAUACACGGGUAUAAUCAACGUGUGGUUG